AGUCUGAGCUGCACAUUCGGAGCGAGAAUGUGCCUUUUCCCGCGCUUUUUCACGAACCUGCACUAACCUUCACCUAACCUAAGCAACAGCCAUGAACAGCUCGACGCUGCGACCCUUCGAGGAGUCUGAGUGCUCUAAUGAUGCCAUUCCGUCCUUCUACGACUAUGUCACCGCCAUGACGCCGCUCUUGAUGGGCCUCACGGCGGCCGGUGGAGCGCUCUUCCUCGUCACCCUCACGAUCUUCUACAGGAACCUCAACAAGCUGGUCAGACGGACGCCGAAGGACUUCCUGGCGCGGACACUCAUGCUCUGCGGCAUUUACCAGAUCGUCUCAGCGGCGGCUUUCGUGUCAAUCCUGGUGCCCAGAGCCAUUCUGCUGUGCGACACAGUGGCUCACUUGACAUUCGCCUUCUGCACCUAUCAAUUAAUUUGCCUAUUUAUAGACUACGCCGCCGGGGAGACCAACUUCAUCAAGCAGGCCAACCGAGACGCCUUCUCGCUCAGGACGCCGCCCUGCUGCUGCUGCUGCUGGUGCUGUCUGCAUCCCGGUCCACCGAGCAAGGCCGCCUUCCUGCUGGUCAGGACGCUCGUGCUGCAGUUCCCCAUCGUGCAAGGCGUGCUCUUCAUCACGCUCAACGUGCUAUUCGUGGAGAACAACCAACUCUACAGCAGAGUUUUUCUGUACUUCCUGCCUUUCAUCAUCACCUCCAUCAUUCUCUGCAUCUGGGGACUCAACAUCAUCGUGCGCAUGAUGGCGCCCUGUUUCCCGGAUCUCCAUCUGCGGGCCAAGUACUUUGCGCUCCAAUUCGUGCUGAUGAUGACGAAGAUUCAGCCAGGAAUUGGGAAUGCAAUUGUGGCGAACAUAGAGUUUCCUUGUUGGUAUCCACUGACGCCGGCGCUGUACAAAAACAUAAUCGUGCAGAUCAUUAUCCUCACGCAAAUGGUCAUUUUGUCCGUGUGGGCGCAGAAGCUGUACAGAACACCGAGUAAAAGCAGCAUGAAGCUCAGCAUGCUGUCGUGAGGCCUUCUUGUCGGCUCUUGGAUAACCAGAUAACCAGUAUUAGAGAAAAAUAAGGGGAAUUUAAGAAUUACAGGUAGAAUCUCGUGAUACACAUAGUCAGAAAGCCUUAACGAAAGAUGCCUAAAUGAGUGUCUAAACUUGGAAAUACACAAUUUCUAACACAAUACAUUAUUUCUAACAUUUAUUGACAAUUGAGAGACAUUCAAAGUCUCUCAAGCGCAAUAAUGCCGCAAAAAGACAUGUAAAUGUGAUGUUAGCUAUAUGAGUGAUAAAUAACACAACUUAA